AUGGGAGACGCUCCAAAAGUACAAGUGGACCUUAUUAAGAUUCCUGGCUUUACGGUUCCUGACGAUUUGAAGGACCAUUUCGACUAUGUAGGCAGUGGUUUAUUAGAUCGCACCAAGACUGUUCUUCGUUGCCGUUACUGUAGUGAGGAAAAGUCCGGCGUCAAGAAGCAGACGGGAAAUUUCAAGAGGCAUCUGAAUAUUCAACACAAAGAAGCGUACGCUGAUGCUCAGACCAAGAAGCAGAGGACUCUGGACAGUGCCGUUGCUGUCUUCAAGCAACAUCAACAAGAGAAAAAGAAGCUGGCACCAUCGGACAGUUAUCAGAAGGCGUUUAAUAGAUAUCUCGCCGAGAUGAUCGCCGUCGACGGCCUUCCUCUCUCAUUUACAAAGGGUCUUGGUUUCAAGCGCCUCAUGGAAUUUUUGAAACCGGAGGUGAAUGUGAUGUCUCCCCGGACAAUGGGAAGAAUUCUUGAAGACCUCGCAAAAAAGUGCGCCAUGCCAUCGCUGGCAGCGGAUCUGGCUCAGUGCUCAAGCCGCUCGCUGCAUUUUAUUGUGGACUUAUGGUCUAGCAGGUCAAGGGACUCGAUAAUUGGUAUAAAAGUUCAGUUCGUUUCAAAUUGGAAAUUGAACACCUAUACCCUUGCAUUUAAACAUUUCCCCGGUAAUCACACCGGUGAUCAUAUCAGGGAGGCAUUCGAACACGAGCUUUUGGAACGCGGCAUUAAGCUGCACCAGAUCGGGUGCGUUGUUUGUGACAACGCAUCCAACAUGAGCAAAGCAUUCAACAUGUCUAUGAUCAUGGAGGACAAGUGGUGCGGCAGCGCUGCGGCAACUGAUCCUGAUUGCGAAGAAGAUGAAGCCAGCCCUGAAGACUGCUCUGCCGCGGAGCUUGAUCUUUCUAGAGCACUCAGCCCGUGCCACCGCAUCAGAUGCGCUGCACAUACUCUGCAGCUGGCAGUAAAUGGCGCCCUCAGGAAAGACCAAGCCUCCAAGGAGCUUCUCGACAUAGUCAACAGGGUAGUCAACCUCUUCAGGAGGUCUCCCCUGUGGACAGGGCGUCUCAAGGAAAUUUGCAGUAAGGACCUGGUCCCAGCAACCGGAACCCGCUGGAAUUCAGUCUUGGCCGCACUGAAGCGCCUCAUCCAGAGGUGUCCGCAAAGUGCAAUUCAACACAUACUGUAA